AUGACCGUUGUCUCACAACAGAAGCCCUGGCAAGAGAUCGCCCGCCAGGUCCAAGCGGCGCGAGAACGGUCAAUUGAACAGGUCGACCCAGACAUUGCAGCCCUCCCAGAGACACACGCGGGCAGAGUCAUCGAUGUGGCCAGGAAUUACCUCUCGCCCUCCGAACAGGCCAUCAGUGAGAGCUCAGCACAGACCCUGGUGGCUUCCCUGGCAGCGGGCAAAUUGACUGCGCUCGCUGUGACGAAUGUGUUCCUUCGCCGGGCUGCAAUUGCUCAGAAACUGACAAACUGUAUCUACGAACUCCUGCCCGAACGCGCCCGAGCCCGAGCCAAGCAGCUCGAUGCAUACUUUGCCAAACAUGGAAAGCCCUCCGGCCCCCUGCACGGUCUCCCGAUUAGUAUCAAGGAACAUGUCGGCCUGGCAGGCCGAGACUUGUCUGCCGGCUUUGUGAGCUGGGUCGAGCAGAAGAGCGCCGAAGAUGCCAAUAUCGUCAAGAUCCUUCUUCAAGCCGGUGCCGUCGUGUAUGCGAGGACAACCGAGCCCCAGGGACUGCUUUUCCAUCUUUGCGGUAGAUGGCCCUGGAAACGUGUAGCAAUAUCACCGGUACCACUACCAAUCCGCAUAACACCGCUCUCACGCCGGGUGGCUCCUCUGGUGGAGAGUCCGCACUGCAAGCGCUGUGGAAGUAUCCGUUCCCCCGCUGCAAACUGCGGCCUGUAUGGCCUAAAGCCCUCAACAGGCCGGCUACCCCUAAUUGGCUGCGGUGCAUACGUCCUAGGCUGCGAAACAAUCCUCGGGACACUGGGCCCUAUCUCGCCGACACUGGGCGGCGUUGAAAUCUUCAUGAAGACUAUUAUCGAGUCGAAGCCUUGGCUGACUGACCCCAUGGUGCUGCCAAUCCCGUGGCGCGAUCAGGACUCACAUAUCCGUCGCGAUGGCAAGAAGUUGACUGUUGGUGUGAUGUGGACGGAUGAUGUUGUGACGCCUGCGCCGGCGGUGACGAGAGCGCUAAGGGAAGUUGUAGAGCGGUUGAAAGUUGUUGAGGGAGUUGAGGUCAUUGAGUGGAAGGCUUUUCGGCAGAAAGAGGCUUUGGAGAUUUUGACAAAACUGUAUGCCCCGGAUGGUGGGAAGGCCUUUGCCAGACAUCUCGAGUCCUCCGGUGAACCUUAUACACCACUUACUGCGUGGACCCUCCGCGAUACUCCCGGUAUUGAAGAACUCAGCCCGCAGGGUGUCUGGGACUGGACUGGCAAACGAGAGCUGUUCCGCUAUGCCUACUUGCAACAUUGGAUCACCACAGCCCCAGAAAUGGACGUAAUCCUCUGCCCCGCCUUCCCGACUCCGGCACCCCUCCAUGAUACCUCGCGGUACUGGGGGUAUACUUCUCUUUUCAAUCUACUCGAUUACUCGGCCCUCGUGUUUCCAGUGACAAGGGUUGACCCCGAGCGUGACGCAAAAGAUACCAGCUACACGCCGAAGAAUGAGUUUGAUGCGUGGGUGUAUGAGCACUAUGACCCCAUGACGCAGAAACAUGCCCCCGUGUCUUUGCAGCUUGCUGCGAAGAGGUUGGAGGAGGAGAAACUUUUGCAGGCUUUUAGAGAGAUUCAGGAGAAGAUUGGGUUGCCUUUUGUUGAUUGUUUGGCGUGA